ACCCACUUAUGCUCAUUAAAGGCUUCUUAGGUAUUCCAUCAUAAGCCUUUACAGCAGUUUCUUUCCUUGUCGCAUAUCCUAUCGCAUCCCAUAUCCCAUAUCGCCGUAGCCUGCCAUCCAUCAAUUUGAUCGCGUAAAUUUCGAUUCGCGACUAAUAAAACAGCAACUAAACAUUGCUUCCUUAUUCCUCUCGCUACCGUCGCGACGACCCAUACAAAGAAAACCCGAAGCCGGACAAACACCAUGUCUCAUCCUCCCACGUCGCGAUCUAGAGCGCCACCCGCCGGCAACGAGGAGGCUACCACGGUCCUCAAACUCGGCGAGUUCCAGGACGUCGAUACUCUGACGCUAUCCGAAGCUGCCCUCGUUAUCAACGCCCUCGUAGCCAAACGUCGCAACGACCGCAAGAAUGUCAACGAGACCGAGAUGUUGACGAAGACUAUCGAUUACCUGGAUACCUUCGCCCGGUUCAAGAAGAAGGAGAACGUCGAGGCCGUGGAGCGCUUGCUGAGCUCGCAUAAGGAGUUUCACAAAUUCGAGCGCGCGCAAUUAGGAUCGCUUUGCUGCGAAACGGCCGAGGAGGCAAAGUAUCUGAUCCCCUCGAUCACCGACAAGAUCUCGGACGAGGAACUGCAAGAGCUGCUCAACGAGAUCUACAAGUUGAUGCCCCGAUGAUCGAUGAUCGAUAACGAUACUUCUUUAUAAAUCACCACCCAGGAUACUUCCCUGGGCCAAAGUACCAUACCUCUCUCUAGC